CACAUGUAACAACACACAAGUGUAUUAUGACAAAACCGAACGAAUAUUUAGGGUUUUAUGCUAUGGUUGUAUCCAGAAAGCAAUAAACAUAACUCUUUAGAUAUUCUUUGUUAAUAUGAUGGUAUGUGAUGUUACAAAAAUUUCUACAUCAGAUAUUUCACGUCUUAUUUUCGUGCUUCUACUGACCAAUAAGUGCAAAUCAUAUCAAGAUUGCUCCCGGGAAGGAUCACGACUUGUGAGAAAAGUUCUUGACAAGAACUUUUACCCAAUAUUUGAGAGUCAUGGAUUAGACACCAGCAAAGAAUGCCCACUCAGCAAAUCAAGAGACUUAUACCUUGUUCAAGAGCAACACAAGCUGUUUGAACACUCUUCUAGAUGGACAUGCAAUGUGUGUGGAAAAGCAUUUUAUCGACAGGAGUUUCUAGAUCUUCACAUGGAAAACAAACACGAAGAACUUCUGGUUAAGCAAGAGCUUUUACCAGUUUGCCUAGCUGAUUACUGUCAGUUGUUUCGUUGUGAAGUGGUGAAAAGAGAAAGCCGAAAUAAGUUUUUUUGGAGACAGGCCUUGUGUAGUGCUGAAAACAUGGCUAAACUCAAGCAGAAGUGUCUGAAUUUAGUGAAAUCUUGUGUGCCAAGAAGUGGAGAUUCUGAGUCAUACAAACAAGUUUACAAUGAAGUAAUCGAAGAGACAUGUUUGCUGAUCAGUUGUCAGGAUUACUGGCAGCCAUUGGAGUAUGAGAUUUCAACGAUGGAAUUACUUUAUUACCUCACAGUUACACCUAUUCUUAUAAUGGUCCUUGGUCUUUAUUACUACAACAUCUGGGAUUAUUACUGUGGCGAUGAUGAUGAAGAGGACGAUGGAGAAAGAAAGCGCAAAAAGCGUCACACGAAAAAAAACACGAGGAGCUUCCCAACGUACGAAGAAGACUUUUAGCAAAUAAUAGAUUUAGUUAUUAGUUGUAGUGAUGUUUCUAUCCUGUCGUUGCAAUAGGUGUAUAUAUUAUCUAGAAAAGCUGCAUUGACCGUUAUUUAUAAAAUCUACGUAACUGCAGGGCUCAAUUCAAGCAGUAUUACAGCGUUCAGACAGUUCACGCCAGUUUCAAGUCAGUUUGUACACACGAUAUGGUACUUAUUGAACAAAAGAUAAAAGAUAUUCA